UUAAGGUGUAGUUAAGCAUACUAUCAGGUUAGUCAGUGCAGGAGCAUUAACUGAGGGUGUGACCUUAGGAUUUUCAACGAACCUCACUGACUGUGUGUGUGCACAUGUACCGUAGUAGAAACUUACAAGAUAACUAGUGUUUGAAUCAUUAAUCCCUCGUGUUGCUUCUGCCAUCCCUCAGUUUGUGUGUUUCACAGUAGAGAAGUAAAGGCCGAUUAUAUUGCCCUAUUGAGAUGGUGUCAGUAUUGCCUUGGGUGGAAAAGGGAAAAAGUAAUGGAAAAAGGAAAAAGGAUGUUGCAGUCAGUGAGUGAUUGGUUUUGGUGGGAUCAUCUCUGGCUACCUCGAAAUCUAACAUGGACAGAUCUUGAAGAUCAGGAUGGCUACGUCUAUGCCAAAGUCUCUCAGUUAUACAUCACUCUGCCCUUUGCUGUUGUUUUUAUCAUAGUUAGAUAUUUCUUUGAAAGAUUGAUAGCUACACCUUUUGCCAGAGUUCUCGGUCUUAAGGACAAAGUGCGUCUGAAGGUGGUGCAUAAUGCCAUUUUAGAAAAGUUUUUUACAUCAAUCACUAAACAUCCAACCCAGCCACAGAUAGAAGGAUUAGCCAAAAAAAACAGCUGUACCCUACGUCAAGUGGAGAGGUGGUUUCGAAGGAGACGCAAUCAAGACCGACCAAGUUUGUUGAAGAAAUUCCGAGAAGCUUCUUGGCGAUUUGUAUUUUACCUCCUGGCAUUUAGUGGUGGCAUUGCAGUUCUAAUCGAUAAGCCGUGGUUUUAUGACACAUCAGAAGUGUGGGUUGGAUAUCCCAAACAGACUUUAUUGCCUUCGCAGUAUUGGUACUACAUCAUUGAGUUGAGUUUUUACUGGUCACUCGUGUUCAGUAUUGCAUCCGAUGUAAAGAGGAAGGACUUUCGGGAGCAAAUCAUUCAUCAUUUAGCAACCAUCAUCCUCAUAAGCUUCUCGUGGUGUGCCAAUUAUAUUCGUGUGGGAACUCUGGUUAUGGCUGUACAUGAUGCGUCUGAUAUCCUAUUGGAAUCUGCCAAGAUGUUGAAUUAUGCUGGUUGGAAAUCUAUGUGUAACUCAAUCUUCAUAGUCUUUGCUCUGGUAUUUAUAAUCACUAGACUUGUCAUCUUCCCCUUUUGGAUCAUCCAUUGUACCUGGGUCUAUCCAGUAUACUACUACCCUCCAUUCUUUGGAUAUUAUUUCUUCAAUGCAAUGCUUUUGGUCUUGCAGCUGCUACAUAUUUUCUGGGCAUACCUCAUUCUACAAAUGCUAUCCAAGUUCCUAUUCAACAAACUGGAUGGAGAUGACAGGAGUGAUCAAGAAGAGUGUGAUAUGAGUGAUGAUGAAGAUGAAAGCCUAAACAAUGGUGCUGGAUCGAAUAGUCAUCCUCUUAAGAACCGUCAGCAUGAUCACAUAAACUGAGAACACAUCCUUCCACAGAUUCUUGUUGCAUCAAUAAGAAAGUCCAAUGAGAUCUGAGAACAAUACUUGUGAACUGAAGUAUUCAAGAAAAAAGUUAUGUUUAAUGUACUUAUUAGGCCUGCAGGAGUGCUGUUGGUAUGUAAUCCGUAAUAGUUAGUGACCACGUUGCAUCUUAGCCAAGAUACUGCAUUAAUUUAGGGAAACAUUGUAAAUCUGCUGAUCAGUAAAUAUUUGCCCAAUGAAGCACACAUUUGUUUUACUAUAAAUAUGUCCUCCAAUUGGUCUGGUCUGAUUCAACAUACCUUCCAAUAUAUUUGCUGUAAUUGUACAGUUCCUAUGUCAACUUCAUUUGUAUUGAGUUGAAUCACUGCAAAUCGUGUCGUAGGAGUUUGGUAAAAUUUCUGUAGAUCCAGUAUCAUGUGAAUCUGCUCUAAGGACUAUUGAUACAUAAUGGGCCAAUCGUUCCUCCCAAUUGCAUUGUUAUGAACAAGAUUGCAAAAAAAAGUUUUAAAAUUCAACCCUUGAUGCAAUUGAAUCCUAGAUCAACACUAAACUCCUAAAUUCUUCCUGCUGACUUUCUCCCCCUGAAAUGCAAAGCUCUAGCACAACAAGAGCUAAAACACCAGCCAGUUUUGGUUAUAUUCGCACAGUGCUAGGUUUACACAAUCUCGUCACAGUGGUAUUCUCAUUAACCUUUCUUCUGCUCUAUAAGAAUUGAUCUUAAGAAUGCUUUGCUGUUUUCCAUUGUUAUUCUGGUCUCGGCUCAGUUCUUGACUGUACAAAUCUUAAGGCUCAAUGCAUUUUAGAUCCAAAAUCUUGCAUCAGUACAUUUCCACUCUUCAGACAGGUUAAGGUAUUUGAAACAUUCAAUAGAUGGAAGCCAUCCCUACACAGUUAGUGGGAAAGCUGUUUAAUUAGCUGAGUGGGUCAGACGCAACAAUAUGAAACAGUAAGCUUAUUACUCUCAAUAGUGCUUCAGUUUUUAUUGUAUUCAGAACUUUUUGGGUAGUAUUUAGAAAGCUAUAAUCUUACAGACAAAACAAAUCAUGCUGAGAUGAAGUAAAAAAUAUACCAAAAAUUGAAGUUCCUUCCCUGUAAAUGUAACAUAUAAUUGAAUAGGAAAUGUACUGGUUGUUCUACGGUAGUAAUUGAAUUUGACAGACAGACUUGCACUUCAGUCAAGUUUGGUUACAACCUACUUCUGUGCCUCCAUUAAUGUUUAAUUCCGCUUUGUUAGUAACCUGUGGAUGUCAGUGUUGAACGGUGGCGAUUAGCAUAGGAUUGUGAGCUAAUGAAUUCCAAAGUAGAAUGAUGGCCCCUUGACUGUAAUGCCACCUUUGUGUAAUCAAGAACCCCUUUGUACUGAUUAAAUGGGGACUUAAUAGAGCUUGCAGCCCAAUAUCAAACUAAGUUGAAUUGCAACUGGAACCUUGCCAUUUGCAUUGUUCUUGCAUUUUGGUAGGUUACUGCAUUCUUUUAAACAAAGUAACCAAAGUAAUCAGAAUCCAAACGUGUCUUGCAAAAGAACUAUUUUUGCUACUUUUCCUUUAUUUAUGCAUUAAGCAGGUUUGGGAUAACGAUGAUGUAUCUUAAGGUUUCUGUUCUGCUUUACAAAUGUGAAAAUAAAA